AGCGUGGCGCUUGACGGUCACCUGCAGGCAGAUUACUCUUCCAACAUGGUCGGGUCACUCUUGAGUUACUUUGGCUUUGGUGGCUCAGCCGCCAAAACCCCUGCCGAGAAUGAGCCUGUUCGUGCCCUUCCCGCAAACUGGUACACUUCGGAAGAGAUGUACCAGCUUGAGAAACGCGCCAUCUUCACUCGCAGAUGGCUCAUCCUUACCCACAAGUCGAGACUUGCAAACCUUGGCGACUUCCUUCGCUACAACAUAGCCAACUACGACAUUGUCGUUUCCAAGGACCGUUCAGGCGAGAUCAACGCAUUCCACAAUGUGUGCAGGCACCGCGCCUAUCCUGUUGUUGAGAAGGAUGGGGGAAACGCAAAGAUCUUCUCUUGCAAGUACCACGGCUGGUCAUACGGCCUGAACGGCAACCUGGCAAAGGCCCCUGGUUACCAGGAACUCCAGAACUUUGAUAAGGCUAAGAACGGCCUGUUUCCCAUUCACACACGCAUCGACCGCAAUGGCUUCGUCUGGAUCAACAUGGACGCAAAGAAGGUGCCAGAGGUAUCGUGGGAAGAGCAAUUCGACCAUGUCGACGAGCAGACGCGCUUUGAUCAGUUCAACUUUGACGACUACGUGUUUGACCACACAUGGAACCUUGAGGGCCCCUUCAACUGGAAGAUUCUUGCAGAUAACUUUAACGAAUGCUACCACUGCAAGAGCACACACCCCGACCUCACCACUGGACUCGUUGACCUCGAAAGCUACGACGUCUACUGCAAUGCCGACCACAUUCAGCACGACCCCAAGACUCCUCAAUACCGCAAGGAUCUCGGCCAGGAGAUCUGCUCCACAUACUGCUUCCCCAACGCCUCCUUCACCGUCACACAGCACUUCCUCUUCAUGCAAAAGUUCAUGCCCAAGUCACCAACCGAGUCCGUCAUGUACUACGAGGUCUGGCGCAACAAGCACUCCAGCGAGGAGGACUUUUUGCUCAUCAGCGACACGUACAAGCGUGUCAUGGGCGAGGACAAGGUCCUGUGCGAGCGCGCACAAAAGAACAUUGAGGCCGGCGUUUUCAUCAACGGCGAGCUGCACCCACGCAUGGAGAAGGGCCCUCUCUUCUUCCAGAAGCGUUGCCGCGAGAUUGUCAUGGAGCACGGCAUGCGGGAGAAGAAGGCCGGCCACAAGAUCUGGCCUGCAAAGCAGCAGCUCGACUCGGAAGCGGGGUCCGCCAUCACAAAGGAGAUGGAGGACUUUUGCGAGGGUCUCGCCUGCGGCAACGACAACGAAAAGAGCGAUCUUGCUUGGUAA